GUUGAACGCGUUCACAUGCCUUCCGCUUUUGGCUGUGCUUAGUCAGGAGCGCGUUCAAUUUAAGAGAUCGCGUCGCGUCUGCCCCCUCUCAUCCUCCUACCACCACCCGCUCCUCCCCCCUCUCCCCUCCUGCACAUACCUUCACGUCCCUUGGUACUCUGAACGACACACACGCGAUGGCUUUCGUCUUCAAGCGAGACGCACGUAAAGAACGCGUUCAAUUUGACAAGAUCACCGCAAGGAUCAGCAAGCUAUGCUAUGGUCUGGACAAAGAACACGUUGACCCUAUUGGCAUCUCCCAAAAGGUCAUCGCCGGUGUCUACCAAGGAGUGACGACAGUAGAGCUUGACAACCUCGCGGCUGAGACUGCCGCGUAUCAAACGACUAAGCACCCUGAUUAUGCUAUCCUUGCCGCGCGUAUUGCAGUCUCUAAUCUCCACAAAGAGACGAAGAAAAACUUCUCCGCUGUCAUCAGCGACCUGUACAACUAUGUCAACCCUAAAAACGGCAAGCCAGCGGGCUUGAUCGCGAAAGACAUCUACGAGAUCGUAACGGCGAAUGCAGAGCAGCUCGACUCUGCCAUUCUCUAUGAUCGUGACUUCAAUUACAACUUCUUCGGCUUCAAAACCCUGGAGCGUUCGUAUCUCCUCAAGCUCGACGGGCGCAUCGCCGAGCGUCCUCAGCACAUGAUUAUGCGAGUCGCCAUCGGCAUACACGGUGCUGACAUCGAAAGGGCGAUUGAGACUUAUAACCUGAUGUCUCUGCGCUACUUCACACAUGCAUCCCCGACGCUGUUCAACGCAGGUACACCUCACCCGCAACUCAGCUCCUGCUUCCUCGUCUGCAUGAAGGAUGACUCCAUCGAGGGCAUCUACGAUACCCUCAAGAACUGUGCCAUGAUCAGUAAGACUGCUGGUGGUAUCGGCAUCAACAUCCACAACAUCCGUGCUACUGGUUCAUACAUCGCGGGUACCAACGGUUACUCCAACGGUAUCGUACCCAUGCUUCGUGCGUACGACGCGACUGCCCGCUACGUCGACCAGGGCGGUAACAAGCGUCCCGGUGCAUUCGCCAUCUACAUGGAGCCAUGGCACGACGACAUCUUCCAGUUCCUUGACCUGCGCAAGAACCAUGGUAAAGAAGAAGUCCGCGCGCGCGACCUUUUCUACGCCCUCUGGAUCCCCGAUCUCUUCAUGAAGCGUGUCGAGGCCAACGGGAAGUGGUCGCUCUUCUGCCCCAACGAAGCUCCCGGCCUUCACGAGGUCUGGGGCGAUGAGUUCGAGCAGCUCUUUGAGCGGUAUGAGCGUGAAGGCCGUGCUCGCCGAACGAUCGAUGCCCAGAAGCUGUGGUAUGCUAUCCUUGACGCUCAGAUCGAGACUGGCAACCCCUUCAUGCUGUACAAGGACGCAUGUAAUGCCAAGUCCAACCAGAAGAACCUUGGCACCAUCAAGUCGUCGAACCUUUGCACAGAGAUCAUCGAGUACUCUUCCCCCGAUGAAACAGCCGUCUGCAACCUUGCAUCCAUCUCCCUCCCCGCCUUCGUCGAGAAUGGGGUCUACGACUUCCAGAAGCUACACGACAUCGCCAAGGUCGUCACCUUCAACCUUAACCGUAUCAUCGAUGUCAACUACUACCCGAUCCCAGAGGCGCGUCGCUCGAACAUGCGCCACCGCCCCAUCGGCAUUGGUGUGCAGGGUCUUGCUGACGCGUUUAUGGCUCUUCGCAUGCCCUUCGACUCUCCGGAGGCGCGAGAGCUCAACAAGAAGAUCGCGGAGACCAUCUACCACGCCGCGGUCGAGGCGAGCAGCGACAUCGCAGUUGUUGACGGGCCCUACGAGACGUACGAAGGUAGCCCUGCUUCUAAGGGUGAGCUGCAGUAUGACCUCUGGGGUGUCACACCCACGGACCUGUGGGACUGGGCGACGCUGAAGGAGAAGGUAGCCAAGACCGGUUUGAGGAACUCGCUGCUCGUCGCACCUAUGCCAACGGCGUCAACGAGUCAGAUCCUCGGUAACAACGAAUGCUUCGAGCCAUACACGAGCAACAUCUACACUCGUCGUGUCCUUGCCGGAGAGUUCCAGAUCGUCUGCCCCUGGUUGUUGCGUGAGCUCGUUGAGCUCAACCUCUGGGACGACCAGAUGAAGAACAUGAUCAUCGGCAACAACGGUUCGGUGCAGAACAUCCCUGGCAUCCCUGACGACAUCAAGGCGAUCUACAAGACCGUCUGGGAGAUCAGCCAGAAGAAGAUCCUGGACAUGGCUGCCGAUCGUGGCGCGUUCAUCGACCAGAGCCAGAGUCUCAACGUUCACCUGCAGUCGCCGACGACGGGUCAGCUGACGAGCAUGCACUUCUACGGCUGGAAGAAGGGCUUGAAGACGGGCAUGUACUACCUGCGGACGCGCCCGGCUGCGCAGGCUAUCCAGUUCACCGUCGACCAGACCGCGCUGAAGGCGGGGAACAAGCAGGCUGCAGCGGCUGCUGUCGUCCCUGCUCCGUCGACCCCCAGCAGGGUCAUCAAGCAAGAACCCGUCACUCCUUCCUUGUCCUCCGACCCUCCCUCGCCUUCCGUCGCCAGCGCCGUCACGUCCGAUUCCGACGAUGUGAAGCUCGCCAAUGGCACGGCGGCACUUUCACUCGACGAGCGAACACAGAAGGCGGCGGAGCAGGAUCCUGAGUUCGCGGCAGCCCUGCAACGCCAGCGCGACCGUGAGCUCGAGCAGGCGAAGCUGAUGUGCUCCUUGGAGAACAAGGAGGCCUGCGUCAUGUGCUCUGGCUGAUGUGUCUUUCUCGGGUUCUAGAGUAUCGAGUGCGUUGGUAUGGCAUAUCUCAUCGUGUAUUCCCGCAAUCCGUCCUCGUCGCAUUUUCUGUAUUAGAUCCAUCUGUCUGUUGUAUAUGUACUCCAUGUUAGUUCUCUAGCUUUCAAUAUACUAUGUCGGAACACCUCUUGACUA